AGACUCAGAGCAGCAGAUCGCCUCACAGAAGCAGAGAAACGACACUCUUUCUCACUGAUCUCUCCACGUCCCCUAUCCUCCACCCCUUCCUCUCCAGAGCCAAACUCCUUCCUUUCUCUGACUGGCACACAGCUCUUGGCCUUCGUCCUUAUCUUCUUCACCAUCAUCCUUCUCAGUGGAAGAAGACAGGAAGCCCCUUGACCCUCACCCUGCCAGGUCGCCAUGGCAACGGUUAUCUGCACUCGCUUCACUGAGGAGUAUCAACUGUACGAGGAGCUGGGAAAGGGAGCCUUUUCAGUGGUGCGCCGUUGCGUGAAGGUUGUGACGGGUCAGGAAUACGCCGCCAAGAUCAUCAACACCAAGAAGUUGUCUGCCAGAGAUCAUCAGAAGUUGGACCGGGAGGCCCGAAUCUGUCGACUUCUGAAACACCCAAACAUUGUUCGUCUUCAUGACAGCAUUUCAGAGGAGGCCCAUCAUUAUCUGAUCUUUGACCUGGUCACAGGUGGAGAACUGUUUGAAGACAUUGUCGCGAGGGAAUACUACAGUGAAGCUGAUGCCAGCCACUGCAUUCAACAGAUUUUGGAGGCGGUGCUUCACUGUCAUCAGAUGGGCGUGGUUCACCGAGACUUGAAGCCAGAGAAUCUGCUGUUGGCGUCAAAAUCAAAAGGAGCGGCGGUGAAGCUGGCUGACUUCGGCCUCGCCAUUGAAGUGGAGGGGGACCAACAGGCCUGGUUUGGCUUUGCGGGGACUCCUGGUUACUUGUCUCCGGAGGUCCUGAGAAAAGAUCCCUAUGGAAAGGCGGUUGACCUCUGGGCCUGCGGUGUGAUUCUCUACAUCCUAUUGGUCGGCUAUCCUCCAUUCUGGGAUGAAGAUCAGCAUCGUCUUUACCAGCAGAUCAAAGCUGGAGCCUACGAUUUUCCUUCCCCCGAGUGGGACACGGUCACCCCUGAAGCCAAGGACCUCAUCAAUAAGAUGCUGACCAUCAAUCCGGCCAAAAGGAUCACAGCAGCCGAGGCACUCAAGCACCCCUGGAUCUCUCACCGCUCCACAGUUGCAUCCUGUAUGCACAGACAAGAAACAGUUGAAUGCCUGAAAAAGUUCAACGCCAGGAGGAAGCUGAAGGGGGCCAUCUUGACCACCAUGCUGGCAACCAGAAAUUUCUCUGGGGGAAAAAGUGGAAGCAACAAGAAGGCUGAUGGAGUGAAGGAGUCUUCUGAGAGCACCAACACUACAAUUGAAGAUGAAGACACUAGAGUGAAAAAGCAGGACAUCAUCAAAGUGACUGAGCAGCUCAUUGAGGCCAUCAGCAACGGAGACUUUGAGAGCUAUACUAAAAUGUGUGACCCAGCAGUGACUGCGUUUGAGCCGGAAGCGUUGGGGAAUCUUGUUGAAGGCCUGGACUUCCACCGCUUUUACUUUGAAAACUUGUGGUCAAAGAACAGCAAGCCAGUGCACACCACCAUUCUGAACCCCCACAUCCAUCUGGUGGGCGACGAGGCCGCCUGCAUUGCCUACAUCAGGGUGACGCAGUAUAUCGACAACAAUGGCACGCCUCGCACCGCCCAGUCAGAGGAGACCAGGGUGUGGCAUCGCCGGGAUGGCAAGUGGCAGAUUGUCCACUUCCAUCGCUCUGGCUCCGCCUCCACACUCAACAACUAACUCCAGUCCAAAGUGGGCGGGUCUUUGAUGGGCCGCCGUUGCUUUGGCAACAGGCCAGACAUCUGAUACCAACAGUUAAGGAUUUUGUUUGAGCAGUUGGAGGAGGAGAUUACUGGGCUGGAAAAUCAGACUCUUCCUGCAAUGAACCACAUCACAUCCAAUUAACCAAUCCGCUUUCUCCUCUCAACAAUAACCCUCUACACACAGCCAAUCAGCUCCCUUGGUGUAGUUUAGCUGCACAGCACAGGUCAUGUUUAUGUUGGAAACCUCGUACCUCGUACAGGACUGGUGCUACACUGCAGCCCUCCUGUGGUCCGAACCUCUUUGUCCCCAGCAUGUUGUGGAGGUCACACUACUUUAAGGAGUUCACUACUACAAGGAGUUUACCUUCAUGUUCUCUCAUCUUCAUCAUUAACAGUGCUCCUAAGCUCACCUCCAAGAUUUGCAUCAAUAACAUCCUGAUCGAGGUGAUUCCAGGUUUCCUGCAGCUGAAGCUCAUCACCAACCAAUCAUGUCUAUCUAUGUCAUUAUGCUCUAACAACAGUUGCCAUGGUAACCCAACAUAUUUUAGAUCAGGGGUGGGCAGCACAAGUCCUCGAGGGCCACUGACCUGCUUUUUAUCCCUUUUCCCUGCCCCGUUUGCUGCUGAUUACCUGGAUCACGUGUUUCCAGCCAAUCAGAGGCUGCAAUACCACAAUUGUUUGUAAAAGAACUGGGAGGUGUGGAGCUGCCCACUCCUGGAUGGACCAUAAGCAUCCAUUUCUUCCACAAAGGUCAGCUGAGGGUUGAAGAUUUGAUGUUCUUCAGAGGAACAGCCAAAAACAAAAAACGUGUUUGACCUUUGAGCUGCAGAUCUCCAGGCUUUCAGGAACCUGAACCUGCUCAUUCUGUAGAUGUUCAUGUUCACAAUCAGACAGACCUUCACAGAGCUCAAAGAACUGAUGAUCAGUGGAAGAGAGUCUGGAUGUUUGGAGGAGAGAUAUUCACUUACAGAACUUUUGGUUGGUUAAAUGAUCUGAACAUUGCUUUUGGGAGAAUCCAAAGCUGCAAAACCUGUCCCGAGCUUUGAUUGGAGCCUCUGAAAGGGUUCAUACGAAACAUUCAUCUUCUAGAACAGCCGUUUGAUGUCUCUGGGUGAUGCAGGAACAUCUACAGUGAUCCUGAGAUCAUACAGUCUAAAGGUGGAUAGGUGAUCCGUGACAUCACCCAGACAUCCCUGCGUGACAGAACUCGUCUCUUCCAUCAGAAGCUCCAGAAGCUUCCACCUCUCUCUUGCUUGCGAUCUUCCAUGAACAGUUUAUACUUUAGCUGACCCCUCCCACCCCACCAAGGUGUCAUGACAACAAAGCCAGCUAACGAACUGAAAUGUUUUUUUCUUUAUAACUGAGGGGGAUGAGAAAAUGGCUCCCAAAUCCACUGCUGGCUGUCUGGACAGCUCCAGAACCAACAGACUCCCUUCCUGUUUCAAAUCAGCGACACAAAGAAAAUCCCUGCAACAUAUCUCCUUGUCACCUGUGACUGGCAUCAUCAUGGAAAUGGACAAAAUUUCAGAGGGACCAAAGUUGACCAAGAAAACGGCUUGUGCAAAAGCACAUGUUAGAUAUCUGCAGGUCAGCAGGACCUUAAACAAACACACAAGAAGAAAUGCGGACUAAAAUCCAUCACAAGAGCUCCAUCAUUCAAGCACAACUGAGUACAGGGGUGUAACACUGAGCUUUAGGAGUCAAAUAUGAUCUACAUAAAGGUUUUGGGUAGGGGGAAACCCAAACAAUCUGUGGCAUGAUACGAAGGAAUCCAUGGUUCUUCUGACAACAUACUCUGCAGGUCUGUUUGUGUCAAGAGGACGACUCUGGUGAAACUCUUGCUGUCAGUUGGGUCCAAUGCUUCUGUAUCGAGGAGACACCUGCAGUUCUGGAAUCCUGAGCUCUGCGGUCCCCCAUCAACAGAGACGGGCAAACUUAUCUAUUAUUUUCUUCCUUAGCAGGGUAGCUCCUUCAUGUCAGCAUGCCUGUGUGUGAGCGGGAUGGGGGGUGUUGCUUUUCAGGAGUUUUAAAUGAACGUUAGCGGCGCGUCUCCAAGCGGCGUGGAUUCGGGUGGGCGUGGUUGGUCUUCAACAGCUAGGCUCUCCUUUGGGUUUUCCUGGAGAGUCCGUUCUUCCUCUUCAGCGCCGUCUUUUGUAUAUACCGUAGGAUUUGCUGCAUGCUGACUUUGUGUGUUGUGUUUGGGUUUGCGCUCACCAUAUUUCGGGCCUUCGCUAUGAUUCUUCAGUUUUUGUUAGCAAUCCCUCUUGGGGACAUUGGGGUGUGUUUAGCCACCAGCUAACAAAAUAUGGGCUCCACCCCUUUGACCAGCUGUGUUUGUCUCAGAACCUUUAACAGGCUUUUUACUGUCUGCAGAAACUUUGUACUCUGAUAAAGAUAUUAGUCUCUA